GUAGCCAUGGCUGCAGAGAGAUACACUGUCUUAAAAAAUGUUAGUUAAUAAAUAACAAAAACUACAACCUGGAUCAGUUUCUGAAGUAAAUCUCUCAUAAUUCUCACAUAAUGGCAUUGAUUCGUGAUCGAAAGUCUCAUCACUCAGAGAUGAGCAAAUGCCAUAAUUACGACCUCAAGCCAGCAAAGUGGGAUACUUCUCAAGAACAACAGAAACAAAGAUUAGCACUAACUACCAGUCAACCUGGAGAAAAUGGUAUCAUAAGAGGAAGAUACCCUAUAGAAAAACUCAAAAUAUCUCCAAUGUUCGUUGUUCGAGUCCUUGCUAUAGCCUUGGCAAUUCGAUUCACCCUUAACACAUUGAUGUGGCUUGCCAUUUUCAAAGAGACGUUUCAGCCAGUAUUGUGCAACAAGGAAGUCCCAGUUUCCUCAAGAGAGGGCUACUGUGGCCCAUGCCCUAACAACUGGAUAUGUCACAGAAACAACUGUUACCAAUUUUUUAAUGAAGAGAAAACCUGGAACCAGAGCCAAGCUUCCUGUUUGUCUCAAAAUUCCAGCCUUCUGAAGAUAUACAGUAAAGAAGAACAGGAUUUCUUAAAGCUGGUUAAGUCCUAUCACUGGAUGGGACUGGUCCAGAUCCCAGCAAAUGGCUCCUGGCAGUGGGAAGAUGGCUCCUCUCUCUCAUACAAUCAGUUAACUCUGGUGGAAAUACCAAAAGGAUCCUGUGCUGUCUAUGGCUCAAGCUUUAAGGCUUACACAGAAGACUGUGCAAAUCUAAACACGUACAUCUGCAUGAAAAGGGCGGUGUAAAAACUUUCAUUACCCAUCUCAGCAACAACCAGAACAAGAGAAUUGUCUCGGGAGAAAUUGGGACUAAGAAGAAGAGACUGGGCAUAAGACAAAAGCAAAACAGCAGGUCUGCACCCUCCACCAAAUGAUUAGCUAAACACAUUGUGUUCCCAUAAAACAAGGGAAGCCUGUGGGGCCAAGGAACCAUGAGACAGGGGAAGAGGGAACAGGAGGACCAAGAGUGUGGUUGAAGCCUAUCCAAACUAGGGAAAUAUGGUCCUGCCCUACUGGAGGAGGUGGUGUUGCCCAGUAGACUCUCAGCACCUUGAUUUCCUCCCAGAUAUCCCCUACUCACUCUCUAAAGGUUUAAAUUAAAUAUGAUAUUUUAUUCAAGAUGCCUCUAGAGAGUCUAGACUCUAUUUUUGUAGUGGUCACCGAGGCCUGAGGUCUUUUCACUCCUGGCAGUUCUUGCCUCACUUCCCCUCUCAGGGUCUGCUAUUGUGAUCAUUGGUUGAUCAUGCUGCUUCUAGGAUAUGGGGAAGAAGACGAGGAGGAGCUUCCAUUUCAAGAUGGAAUCAAAACAGAGGAACUGUGAGAACUGGAGAAUAAAACCCUAUAGCUCACUGGGAGCUUAAUCUCCAGCACUAUGGAAAACUGAUGGCUGGGUAUAGCCACAGCAGGGACCACAGGGAGUGCUGUGCCUGGCAGUGUUGCCAUCUCAGUGACUCAAGAAAGCAGCCUGCUGUCUGGGAGGGACAGCAGAGACUCUCUGAGAAAGGUCAAGCAGGACUGCUUUUGGAACUUGACAAUCUCAUGGAACUCACUUUGUUGAUUUUUGUGCUUUCUUGGGAUUCUCCCACUCUUUCAUAUGCUUUCCACUUGAGAUGACAGUGUCUGUUGAAAGCAAGGCACUAUAUUUGAAAGUAUAUAGCUUGUUUCACUUUACAAGUCAGAAAGGUGGUGCUGGAAGGAGUUGUCAGCUCUGUGGUUGUUAGGGUAGAAUGGAUACAGUUUGCAAGUGAGGAGAUGGACUCCUGGAGCCAUGGGUAUAAGUUAUACACCAAAUGAUUUUGUAUUUUGUACCUCCACGUUUCAUAUUUAAAAUUCAAACUCCAGGUAUUAAUAUGAGGAGACAGGCACUGGAUCAUAAUGUUUUAAAUCAUAAGGAUAAAGGCUUUGUAAGUGGGAUUACAAGAAAUGGAGUUAGUUUUGCCUCUUAAGAAUGCACCCAGGCAGUCACCUUUCUUCUCUUAGCUAUAAGAGAACACAGGAUAAUUCUGAUAUACAACCUGCACAAUGACCUCAUCAAUAAACAGUAGAUGUGGUUAUCAGUAGCCAUCGAUUCCCAGACUUCAUAAUUGUGGGAAGUAGAUUUCUGUUGCGUACAGCUUGAUCUGUUGUAUUUUAUAAUAUAAUCCCAAAUAAGCUGAGACCAGAGGGGAAGAUCGCUAGAUAUUAGGUCUUAGUGAAAAAUUUGAAAACAGGGCUGGAGAGGUGGCUCAGAGGUUAAGAACACAAGUAAAGAGGUUAAGACUUGGGUUCACUUCACAGCACCUGUAUGACAACCCAUAACCAGCUGUAACCCCACUUCCAGAGGACCCAACACCCUCUCUGGUUUCUACAGUCACCUGCAUGCAUAUCUUGUACAUAGAUGAGUGAAGACAAGCACUCAAAAUAAAAAUAAAUUUUAGAAGAAAUGUUUUAUAAUAGUGUUGUAUACUAUUUUACAACAUAGAAAAUACUAAAAAAUAAUAGGCAGGUUUAAAAGUCUGUAGGACAUCAUAUAUAAAUAACACAGAGAAUCACAACAGAAAGGGAGCCACAGAGCCUUACUUUCAUCUGAGAGACUAUAAUAAAACUGUGGGAGCCUUAGGUUUCUGUUUUGAAAGUUUUUGUGAAGCAAUAGAAACAUGCGAUUUAGCUUUGGGAUCCUCUGAAUGAGGGAUUCCCCCAAAGGCUAUAAGCUUAUACAAAGAAUGGCAAAUAAAACCCACACUUUAGAAAGUAACAACAAGAUUCCUUGCUAUCUAUGCCCAUGAGAUGGGGGGGGGGGGGGAGAAAACCUCCAUGAAGACUCUGCAUCGAUGGAAAGGCUUCCUUUAAUCUCACAGCCCAAGGUCUGCCUAGCACUCUUUGCAGGAAAACAAAUCUGUAUCUUUUCAAGGUAAAUAACAGUCUACCAUCAACACUUUAUUUUAUAAGUCUAGUGUACAUCCAUUUGGACAAGAGAGACACCCAACAACACUUUGGGUUUUUUGGUUUGUUGUUUGGUUGGUUUGUUUAGUUUUUAUAGAACUUCAACUCAUUCCUUAAAGAUUUCUCACACACAAUCUAAAGAGUAAAACAAAAAUUGAAGAAUAGUGAUAGUUAGGGGUGGCAGUUAGUUAGCUCAUGGCAGUGUUACAGUAUCCAGGGGACCUACCUGGGUGAGUGGUAGUAUUGUGAUUCAUUGAAUAAUUAAAGAAAGUUUAGCCCUACACUAAC